GUUCCAGCGAACGCACACAGCCGCCGCUGUUUCUUCAUCUUCCUCGCAGCGCCGGCGCUGAGGCUCGGGCUCUCAGCGACGGCGGCAGCGGCAGCGGCUUCCCCUCCCGCCUCUCGCCAGUCGCCUCGCGCCCUCGCCUCCGGUCCUCCGCACACCGGUCGGUGACCCUGCGUGCGUGCCUCUCUAGUGGCUCCUGGUUCAGAUGGCGGGCUGCUGACACGGCCGCGCCGCCCGCGGCCUGAGGGCAGCGGGAGCCACCAGCUGCUGCUCCACCAAGGCGGUCUCGCCGCUUUGAGGAGCGCUUAUGCCCAAAGCGAAGCGUUAGCGCUUCAGCGCGCUGAAGCGUGCGCUUAGUGCUGUUUUUUAGAACCCUGAUCUUUUUCAUCAUUCCCUACCAUUUUUUGUAUUUUCAGGAUAAUGGCUCAUCGUGGACAUCUAGAUGGACUGACUGGCCAAGCUCCUGCUCUUAUGCGCCAUGGUUCCUUCGCUGCAGGCAGCCUCUCUAGCCGCUCACCUUUGCAGUCUUCAUCCACACUGGAGAUGCUGGAGAACAAGCUUGCCAUGCAAACUACAGAAGUGGAAAAGCUUAUCACGGAGAAUCAGCGGUUAGCAUCAAGCCAUGUGGUCUUGAGGCAGGACAUUGUUGAUACGGAGAAAGAGAUGCAAAUGAUCCGCACCCACCUAGGUGAAGUUCAGACAGAGACUGAUUUGCAGAUUAGAGAUUUGUUGGAGAGAAUCAGAUUAAUGGAGGUAGAUAUACAUAGUGGUAAUGUAGUGAACAAGGAGCUUCACCAAAUGCAUAUGGAGGCAAAGAGACUUAUUACUGAAAGGCAGAUGCUAACCCUUGAGAUAGAGGAUGUGACUAAAGAAUUACAGAAACUCUCUGCCUCUGGGGACAAUAAAAGCCUUCCUGAAUUGCUUUCUGAGCUAGAUAGGCUACGGAAAGAGCAUCAUAAUUUACGAUCUCAGUUUGAAUUUGAGAAAAAUACAAACGUCAAGCAAGUUGAGCAGAUGCGGACAAUGGAAAUGAACUUGAUAACCAUGACCAAACAAGCUGAGAAGUUACGUGUUGAUGUGGCAAAUGCUGAAAGACGGGCACAAGCAGCUGCGGCUCAAGCAGCAGCACAUGCAGCUGGUGCACAGGUGACAGCUUCGCAGCCUGGGACAGCUCAAGCUACCACGGUUUCAGCAGCAGCAGCCACAGACUCAUAUGCAGGUGCAUAUACCAGCUACCCCCCUGCAUAUCAGCAGGGAGCCCAGGCUGGGGCAUAUCAGCAGGGUGCUCAGGCUGGGGUAUAUCAGCAGGGAGCCCAGGCUGGGGCAUAUCAGCAGGGAGCCCAGGCUGGGGCAUAUCAGCAGGGGGGCCAGGAUGGGGCAUAUCAGCAGGGGGCUCAGGCUGGGGCAUAUCAGCAGGGAGCCCAGGCUGGGGCAUAUCAGCAGGGAGCCCAGGCUGGGGCAUAUCAGCAGGGUGCUCAGGCUGGGGCAUAUCAGCAGGGAGCCCAGGCUGGGGCAUAUCAGCAGGGGGCCCAGUCUGGGGCAUAUCAGCAGGGGGCCCAGGCUGGGGCAUAUCAGCAGGGAGCCCAGGAUGGGGCAUAUCAGCAGGGAGCCCAGGAUGGGGCAUAUCAGCAGGGUGCUCAGGCUGGAGCAUACAACUAUGCUUAUGAUGCUGGCACGGCUUAUGCAUAUGCAGGUUACUCUGGCUAUCCAGUUGCAGGCUACGCGCAAAGUGCAGUGCCCAACUAUUCCUAUGCUGCACCUCCGCAGCCAACAAGCAGCGGUGCAGCUACGAACGCCGCAGGAGGCCAGUAUGGGGCAGUUGGUAGUGCUGGAUAUCCUACUGGGCAAGUUCAGCCGAGCAGUGGCACUGCAAAUGCAGCGCAAGCACCUCCUCCUCCACCACCACCGGCAGCACCAUAUCCCCCCAGCACAUAUGACCAAACCAGAGGAGCCCAGAGAUAAAAUCUGGGAUGUAAACCAGAUGGAUGUUUGCCAUGCACAUUUGUUGAGCAGACAAAUAUGGUGAAAUCUGGGAUGUAAAACCAGAUGGCUGUCUGUGCCUCCAUCCCAUUGACUAGGGCGUAUUUUCACCAAUAUUGUGCCUCCAGUGCAAUUUCUUCUGUGUUAUAUAUCACCACC